AUGAGUUAUCGCUAUAGAAAUCGAAGAGAUAAGCCCCAAGUACUGGAAGGCAGAGAUAUUUCGUCCCUUGCGAAAUACAUCAAGUCAACGGGGUGCAAAAAUGUGGUGUUAAUGCUCGGCGCAGGUGUUAGUACAUCAGCUGGGAUUCCAGACUUCAGAUCACCUGAAACUGGCCUCUAUUCGAAUCUCGCGAGAUUAAAUCUACCCCAUCCGGAAGCUGUUUUUGAGAUCUCCUUUUUCCGAAAACAGCCAGUCCCAUUCUAUACCCUUGCCCACGAACUCUAUCCUGGAAAAUUCCGUCCGACUAUUACUCAUUCGUUUAUUCGAUUGCUUGCAGAGAAAUCUCUGUUGCAUACCUGUUUCACCCAGAACAUCGACACGCUUGAACGGCGUGCUGGUGUUCCAGAUGAUAAGAUAAUAGAAGCGCAUGGCAGUUUCGCCGGGCAACGAUGUAUCGAAUGCAAGCAGCCAUACGAUGAUGAAAAGAUGAAGGAACACAUAUUCAGCAUGAAAAUUGCAAAAUGUGAACACUGCGGGGGUUAUGUGAAGCCUGAUAUCGUUUUCUUUGGAGAAGAAUUACCGGAAAAAUUUAUCCGUGCGAUACCCAAUCUUCGAAGUGCCGACCUACUCAUCAUUAUGGGCACAUCGUUAACUGUCUAUCCAUUCGCAUCUUUGGCACAGAGAGUGGAUGAAAGCUGCCCCCGCGUCCUCAUCAAUCUUGACCAUGUAGGAGACAUCGGUUCUCGAGCUGACGAUAUUGUCUUGCUAGGAAAGUGCGAUGAUGUCGUUAAAGACCUGUGCGUAGAACUGGGUUGGGAGGACGAGUUGAUCAAACUUUGGAACGAAACCGAGGACAGCGUUGUAUCUGAUAAGCAGAAGGACUCUGAUCCCAAACCAACUACAACUGACCCGGAACCAACCACAAGAACCUCUCUAGACAUCAAGAAACCGGACGCGCUCAAUGAAAUAGAGAAACAAUUCUCCCAACUUGAACUAGACGCCAACGAUAAUCCUUCUAGGAGUAGAACUGACUCGACGACAGGAAGCAAGGAAAAAGUUGCCACUGAAGAUGUCCCGAGUGUAUCUCCGGCAGAAUCAUCCACCAACAAAGAGAAGUCGACCUCGAAAGCUCCUGAAACAGAGAGCACGUCAUCCCAAUCUUCAGCAGCGCCUAUAAUUGAGACCGAAGUUGAAGAAAGGUCAACAUCUGUCGACAAUAAGUUGUAG